AGACAUUCAGCAGCCCACGUCUCCCUUUUUACCUUGCGUGAAAAUCUUGAAAGAUCUCCCUGAUCUUUUUGUUUCACAGCCUCAACAGGAUCCCGAGCCCAAGUCAUCUCGUCCAACUCGAAUGACUCGUGGGUCGUAGAGGCAGAUUUUAAGAUAAAAAAUAAAAAAAUGGGGAGAAUCGCCAGGGUCCGGAUCAGGGUCGAUUGCCGAGAAUCAUUGCUGGCCAUAUUUAUAAACCUAUCCAACUUAAACAGAAAAGGAAAAAAUCGACAAUACUCGAAGAAGAGGCAAACGAAGAGGUGGAAUUAAGGAUAGAGAGAAAGCCCUGCUAAAUCAGCAAGAGAGAGAGAAGGGGUAGGGAAGAUGUCUGGAAUGGGGGAUGGAUAUGUGGGCACAGCCCAAGACGCAGUGAGAAUAAGGAGGCUUGAGAAGCAGAGGGAAGUGGAGCGAAGGCGAAUCCAGGAGCUCAAGAACAAGUCCGCUUCAGCAGGUGGCCAAACUGGCCUCCUCCAAUUCGGCUCUGGAACUUCUGAGAUUCUUGAGACUGCAUUCAAAAAAGAGACUGUUGGUCUUGUCACCAGAGAACAGUAUGUUGAGAAGCGUGUUAACAUUCGAAACAAAAUUGAAGAGGAAGAGAAGGAGAAGCUUCAAAAAUUGCAGCAAGAGGAGGAGGAGCUUCAAAUGCAAAAGCGAAAAAAGCGGAGAGUGAAGGGAGAUGCACGAUUGUCUUUUGCAGAUGAAAUUGAAGAUGGAAGUGAUGAGGAGACUGAAGAAUCUGAGAAUAAAGAACCAAUGAGGCUUGGCCAUGGGAAGCUUGGCAAAGAUCCAACUGUAGAAACAAGCUUUUUGCCUGACAGUGAGCGGGAAGCAGAGGAGCAAGCUGAACGUGAAAGAUUACGAAAGCAGUGGCUUCGUGAACAAGAACUGAUCCGAAAUGAGCCAUUGGAAAUUACAUACAGUUACUGGGAUGGAACAGGCCAUAGAAGGGUCAUACAGGUUCGUAAAGGUGAUACGAUAGGAGAAUUUCUUAGGGCAGUCCAGCAACAGCUUGCGCCAGAAUUUAGAGAGGUUCGAACAACAUCAGUAGAGAACCUACUGUAUGUCAAGGAGGACCUAAUCAUUCCUCAUCAACAUAGCUUCUACGAAUUAAUCAUCAACAAAGCAAGGGGUAAAAGUGGACCGCUUUUCCACUUUGAUGUUCAUGAGGAUGUUCGGACAAUAGCUGAUGCUACAAUUGAGAAGGAUGAGUCACAUGCAGGCAAGGUGGUAGAGAGGCACUGGUAUGAGAAGAACAAGCAUAUCUUCCCUGCUUCAAGAUGGGAGAUAUAUGAUCAAACAAAGAAAUGGGAACGUUAUACUAUUCAUGGGGAUUGAAUGCCCGCCGAAAAGAAGCUGAAUGGAUGUUUUGAAUUUUUAUAGUUUUAAGUUCCAGUUGUGAUCUUUAAAGCAAUUUAAAGGUGGGGUGCAUGCGCAUACUUUGAAUUAUAAUCAUCUCUCGCAAAAAAAAAAAAUUCCCCCCUUAGCCGUAAUUAUACAUUAUGGAAGCUGGAAGGCAGGAACCUAGAUACACAUUGCCAUUUUCCUAUAAACUUUACUACAGUUCUGUAAGCGCUAUCAUGCAGGCUUCAAAUUAUUUUAUGGGGGAGACCCUGUACUAUACAGAGUGAAAUUAUAGCAUUGUGUGCUCAUACUCAACAUCCACUGUUGGUGUUUAUCCACAAUGGAGAUGAGUAGCUUUCCUGCUUAAGAAAAGGGCAGACUCAGAGCGAACUUUCGAGAUAAGCAUAGAUGGUGGAUGCUUGGACUGAGUACCUAACAAUACAUUUGUACUAUGUACAAGAUAUUUUCUUAACCAAGAAUUAUGAAGGCUGGAGCAACCGGCAUGUCAGUGUUUGCUGGUAUUUG